AUGCCUGUGCAGGGCAUGCGGCGACCAGAGGAGGUUGUCGACAUGAGCCUCGCGCUGCCGCUUCCAUCGCCAGCGGCUUUUUCUCGACGACGCCCUUUCCCGUCGCGCCUUAAGGCCUCCGACAACUUGUUCGGCGAGCUGGAGCUUGGACUCGGCGAGCUAGGCGGACUUGACCUCGGCAGCCUCGGCGACCUCAAUCUCAACCUCGGCAACCUCGAUGAGCUCACUGACCUCGACAACCUCGACCUGUCUGCUCUGGACAACGUCGAGCCUUCUCCGAUUUCGCUGGAGGAGUGCUUUCCCGAGGCCGAGUGGUACUCGUCAGCCUCGCAGUCGGUCUCGCCGUCGGCCUCUUUGUCGCCCGCCCCGUUGUCGCCCGCCCCGUUGUCGCCCGCCCCGUUGUCGCCCGCCCCGUUGUCGCCCGCCCCGUUGACGCCCGGAUUUGUGUGUGCGACAGUCGGUGACGCCGAGGCCCAGGCUUUUGCCGAGCUAGCAGGCGAGCUGCAGACCGUGCUCACAGUUGUGAGAUGGAGCCACCUUUGCCCGACGCGGCUGCUAGCACGCGUGGACGCAGACCUGUCGCUGCUGCUGCCGUAUGCCGAGUGCUCGUCGCCAGGCCAGAUGGCUGCGAUGAAGCACGGAAUGGCCGAGGCUGCACAGGUGAUGGCUGAAGUGGCGGCGGACGCGCCGACCGGCACGUCGCUGGCAAAGCUCAUUGUGGCGAUCCGGGCUCGGUUUGUCGAGCCGUACUCGCUCCAGCGCGGGCGUGACCUGUGGGCAAUCACCUUUCCGGGCGCCAAGAACUCGUUUGAGGGCUCGUGGGCCGGCGUGCUCCUCCCGCAGGGCGCAACGGUCUACGCUUCGCUCGUCGGGCACAUGGUUGUCCUUGCAGCGGCGAUCGAGGCCGAACGGCCAAAGGCAGCGGCAACCAAGGCGACGCUGCGCAAGGUGUUUGCCACCGCCGCGCCGGCCGUUGCUAAUGGCCUCUUCCGGUUCGCAGCACACCUCUGGGGCCGCGGUCAGGCCAAUGCCAUUGUCGAGCGCUACGUCAAGGCCGCCGUCCCAUCGGGCGACGGCUCGGCCAGCUCGGCCAUCUUUGCUGCGCGGCGCAAUCUCAAGGCCACCAUCCAGCCCAUCGUCCGCGCCGCGCUAUCUGCGUGUGCGCGCCGCUGCACCUGCAGCUCUCUCGACACGUUUGCCUCGGCAAGCACGUCCCACAAGCGCCGGCGCACCCCGACGCUCCUUGACUGCGAGCCAGAGGUUCGCCCAGUCAAGCGGCUCAAGCCGCUCACCCCCUGUAUCGACUUGGCGGCGCCGGCACCCACACCGCGGUGGGCGCCCGUCAAGAUCUACACCCAUUAG